AUGCACGCGAUGAUAUGCAACCCAGCCUUGUGGGAACUCAUCAUUCGCAUUGAGGAACCGGGUGUCUGCUUUGUUUCACAGAAUGACCUUUCAGGGGAACGGGUCACUGAGAGUCAAGCGGGCUCUGCGUCGGUCGAUAUUGGGCAACUUGUGCCUGACGUUGUUAAAAGAUUUGCAGCCUUGGCUGGGCAUGAGAAUGCUGGUAAACUGGCCAAGCUCUUGGGGUGCAUUGGGACCUCCCAGACUGCGUCCAAGAGCUCUGAUGACUGUCCAGUGUUGGACAGUGUGCUUCUGGAAGAUGGCAUGGAGGACAAACAACACCGGAAGGCAGUUCAUAUGUUCUUCAAAGACUUACCUGGACUGCCAAAGUUAGUGACUGAAUCUGAGGUGCUGACUGAAGGCGAGGGAGGGUCCAGCACAGCACACACAUGCAUACGUGUGGGAUUUGGGGCCUCAAACAGCAAGACACCACCAGGGAAAAGGAGGAAAUCGUGCUGGAAGAGGGGUGAUAGUGGCUGGGAUGGUGGGGAUAGGAAGUAUGUUCAUUUUCUACUGUACAAGGAAAACAUGGACAACCAGGUUGCUCUGAACACUCUGGGGAGGCUGUUGAGAGUGCCCACAAGUACCUUUCGCUUUGCUGGAACAAAGGACAAGAGAGGAAUCACAGUGCAGAGAAUAUCAGGAUUCAAAGUUUCGCCAGGCCGGCUUGCUGCACUGAAUGCAAGGUUGCUUGGAUUGAAAGUAGGCAAUUUCUCUUUUGCUGAUGACAAUCUGUACUUAGGCCAACUGGCAGGGAAUCAAUUUGAGAUUGUGCUGCGCAAUGUUGAGGGUGUUGAUGACCAAAUGGUAAGGCAGCUGCGUGAAUCCCUUAGGACAAGGGGAUUCAUCAACUACUUUGGUCUCCAACGCUUUGGAUCCAAGGUUCCUACCCAUCGCAUCGGCCUGGAACUCCUGAAGGGAGACUGGUGUGAGGCUGCAGCCCUGAUUCUGCAAGGAUGGGAGGGUGACAACAACGAUGUCAUGGAAGCAAGGCGGCUAUGUGUUGAAAACAAGGAUUUCAAGGGUGCAUUGAAGUUGCUGCCACGGGCCUUUGUCAGUGAAAGAAGACUACUGGAAGGAUACAUCCAGCAUGGGCAAAACAAUCACCUGAAUGCUCUUUUUGCUAUCCCAGUCAACAUUCGGACAAUGUAUGUACAUGCAUACCAGAGUUAUCUGUGGAACCAUGCUGCUUCACAUCGCAUCAAGCACUAUGGGGCAGACCGUGUUGUUCCUGGAGAUUUAGUGCUGCUCAAAUCGCUGACCCAGGCAACGAUGGAUGGCAAAGAUGGUCCAAGCUAUGUUGCUGAGGCUGGCAGAAGCUCUUUGGAUGACCAGAGCAUGCUGUACAAUAGACAAGCAAUGAUGGAACAUGAAGCAGGGGGAUCCAUGGGGAUUGGCGACAAAGACCUGGGGAAUGGACAACAACGAGCCAGUCUUGAGCGCACAAAGCAGGUGCACAUUGUGAGCAGCGAGGAAGCGCUGGCGGGCACUUAUGGAAUUGAGGAUGUUGUGUUGCCAGUUCCUGGGAGCCGUGUAAUCUACCCUGAACAUGAUACUGCACUAGUUUACUCCAGUUUGGCAGCUGAAAGUGGUCUUGCACUGAAAGAAUGUCCACACAACGUAAGAGAGUUCAGUCUGACUAGCCUGGGUGGAGAUUAUCGCCGACUUAUUUGCAAACUUCCAGAUAUGAGCUGUUCUCUUUUAGAGUAUGAAGACCCUGACGAGACACUUUCAAGGACAGAUUUAGAUGUGUUGAGAGAAUCGGGGGCGAAAUGGUCCAAUUGGCCAAAGAAGGAGAAAGCAGGUAUCACCAGGAAAAGGAAGCUUGUGGAAGGUACCGAUGGUGAAGUGAGCGAUAGAGUCGAAAGUGUCGCUAAGACAGUUGAGAGUGGUGCUGAUGACGAGCUGGCUGGAAAUGAAGGUGCGGACCAAGAAAAGAAGUGGUUGAUGCCGGAGGGCGCACGGCAGAAGCUCUGUGUGUCAGACGACUGUUUGGUGACCAUGACACGUCAGCAGGAUGGGAGGCAAAGGGCCAUCGCUUGUUCCGAUGGCCAUUGUGGUGAAGAGAAGUUGAAGAAUCCUGAGGAUGCGGUGCCCAAACCAACGAAGGGGAGAUUGAAAGGUCUGGCAGUGAAAUUCGUGCUUCCGGCGUCGUGUUAUGCUACGAUGGUAGUCAGGGAGCUGAUGAAAAGAAGUGUGUCAAAGGCAGAACACAUGGAGAAAAGCAGAUGUGUGACUGCUGGACUGAAGGGGCACUAG